GUAGCGCCGCCGCACCUCUACCUGGCCGUCUGCCGCGUGCGCCAUGAUGACAUCGGCGCCGGCCGCCGCACUUCAGUUCCUCCGGCAGCAACUCUCGCCGAUCUCCCCGGCAGCGUACCCCGCGAGCUGCUGCCACCGCCCGCCACGCAGCAACAGGACCCUGCGAGACCUCCCGCGAUGAACGGCUGGCUCCUCUCGAACACCAAGCCGGCGUUGCGGCGACCAACGGAGCAGCGCCUCCAGUAGCGACGAGAAGAGCGUCGACGACGACUUCGUUUCGCGCGUGCCUGUGUGCGUGCGUGCGUGCGGAUUAUACAAUAUUACGGGUCCCCGUUCCGCGCGCUGGUGCUGUCUCGACGCGUCGCCCCGUGACACGCGGUGGCUGUUCUUCUUUUUGUGAAUUUCUCGCUUAUCUGCGCGGGAGAAGCACGCUUGUUUCGCAAUUUCGUCAUUAUUCCGCGCGGCCCCCGACGCGGGCUCCUCUCUCUCUCUCUGGAUUUACUGUGCCUCCACACCAACUUGCCACGCAUCGUGUGCGCGCAACUGGAUACGCGAACUGUGCGUGCGUGCGGCCCAGAGUGGUGAACAACAUCUGCGUGCGACACUGGCGACAGCUUUUUCGCCGGUAACGGGGCAGGAUUGGCUGGCCACGCCGCACGUCAUUCGAGCUUCUCAUCCUCGGGGUUGUUUCUUUCGCUGCUCCCACCUUGGGGUGUCGGCGUCUGUAGGACUGACCUGAAGUGAAAGAAGAAGCAGCGGCGGCGGCGGCAGCAGCAGCAGCAGCGGCAGGGCCUGCAACACCGCGCUUAACGGCGACAAUGACGUAACCGGGUCCAGGCGGUGCUCCCCAAAUUAGGACGGCCUUAGGGUGCGGUGGCAAUGGCCGGCGACGACCAAGCGCGGCAGCGUACCACAAAUGGGUGCAGCGGCGCAGGCAUCGACGACUCCGGGAAGCUCAAGAAUGGCAACGGUCUGCUGCUGCCACAGUCCAACGGCAACAACCACCACAAGGGCCUGAACGGCGGCGUCGACGGGCUCAGCUGCAAAGUCCUGCAGCCCGUGCAUGCUGAAGAGGACCCAGACUCUAUAUGCGGCCUCUGGUUCUUCAAACCGAGAUGGCUGCAGCGAUUUGCCAACAAGAAGGCAUUCCUGGCCGUGUUCUGCCUGACGAGCGUGCUGCAGGGCAUGUACUAUACAUACUUUGUGAGCGUGCUGACGACCAUCGAGAAGCUGUACCAGAUCCCAAGCAAGACCACAGGCAUCAUCAUGUCGGCCACCGAAAUUGGCCAGAUCGGUGGCGCGCUGCUGCUCACCUAUUACGGGGGCCAGGGGCACCGGCCCAAGUGGAUCGCAUGCGGCAUGCUUGUGUUCGCCGUCGCCUCCAUCCUGUGUGCCACACCACACUUCAUCUUCAUCGACGACUCGCUCCUGGUCACGUCGCAGGCCAGGGUCCGUGGCGCCCAGAACGCCACCGUCGCCUCGCAGUGGGCCAAGCUGUGCCACGCGCCCGAGCAGGCUGCCUCUGCCUCUCCGCUGCCGGCCAACCUGACCGCGCUGUUGGCCGCUGAUGGAGUGUUGGCCACGACGGCCACUUCCUCUGACGCAUUGCACCUCUUCCCUGAUGGCGGGGGAACUGGGGGUCCAGUGGCUGAUGCGCUGCGACAGGCUGCCAUCUGCGAUGCCUCAACGCGGCCGCUCAGCCAGAACCGCAUUACACAUGUGGUGCUCUCUGUGUUCUUCAUCAGUCUGCUCUUUAUUGGGAUUGGCGCCACAGCCGUCUACACGCUCGGAAUACCAUACAUCGACGACAAUGUUGCCAACCGGGAGUCUCCGCUCUAUUUCGGUAUCACGAUAGGCGUCAGGAUAUUCGGUCCAGUAUUUGGCUUCCUUCUUGGCUCCUACUGUACAAGCGUGUAUGUCAACUUUCCAUUUGAGACGUCCAACCUGUCUCCGGGCAACCCUCACUGGGUGGGUGCUUGGUGGCUCGGCGUGUUCAUAGUGGGCGCGGCACUCAUCGUUACGGCACUGCCCAUGAUGGCGUUCCCGCGCAACCUGCCCCAGCGGCGGUCCUCGCAACGGGUGCCGCGACCUGUCCUGGACCGCAAUGGCACCAUCUGCCCCAAGCACCAGCUUCAGCAGAAGGUGCCGCUCAUCAGCUCGCCGCCGGCAUCGCCGUCCGGAGCCAAGAAGGCUCUCAAGGACAAGCCGACACUCAGAGGUGACCGAGAAGCCUCAACUAGCAAAAAAAACCCACGAACAAGUGCUCUUUCUCUUUCAGAUUUCCCCACCGCCAUUCGGCGCCUUCUGAAGAACGAGAUCCUGCUGUACCGAACGGCCAGCAGCGUCCUUCACAUCUUGCCAAUCGCCGGUCUCUACACCUUUCUCCCAAAGUAUUUGGAGAGCCAGUUUCGGCUUACCGAGACCAAGGCCAACAUGAUCACAGGGUUUGCUGGCAUUCUUGUCAUGGGUGUGGGCAUUUUUGCCAGCGGGACGUUUAUGCGCAAGUACAAGCCAAAUGCCCGCUUUGUUGCCAAAUGGAUUGCAUUCACUGCCCUGGCGUACUCCAUCGGCAUGGUCAUCCUCAUGUGGGUGGGCUGCCCUCUUGGAGACUACGUCGGCCUCAAUUCAGAACACAGGGACUUGAACUUUCUACCUCCAGCAUGCAACAGCACCUCGUGCGAGUGCAAGUCUGGGCUCUUUUCUCCUGUGUGCCAUGAUAGCGUGACCUACUUGUCUCCUUGCCUGGCUGGCUGCUCACAAGUCUCCGGCAGCGAUCAGCAGCCAAAUUUUAGCGACUGCCAUUGUACAGGAACCAACGAAACCAUUAUCAAUGGGUUCUGCUCCCUCGAGUGCAACAGCCUCACCUGGUACAUCGUCAUCUUCUCCGUUUUCGUGCUUAUACACUCGACAUCUGAAGUUGGGUCCAUGCUGCUGACUCUCAGGUGUGUAGAAUCGCAUGACAAGGCCCUUGCACUGGGACUGAUCCAGUUUGCCAUUGGAUUGUUUGGGAAUGUGCCUUGUCCCAUUAUCUACGGUGCGGUCGUCGACUCGGCCUGUCUCUUCUGGGAGGACAACUGUGGCGAGCCUGGGGCGUGCCGUGUCUACGACCCCACCAAGUUUCGCAUGGUGUUCCACGGAGUCACAGCUGUCAUCAUGUUUGUGGCCUUCCUCGUGGAUGCCGUCGUCUGGUACAAGGCCAGCUCCAUCCAUAUUCACGAAGAGGAAGAGGCCAAGGAUGCCGCCGUUACAACGGCAACGAACGACGUGGCUUCCUCGUCCCCGACAAUUCCGAUAGAGCACCCUGAAACCGAGUCGUGCGUGUGAGCGAGGCACCCACCUCCAUCUCUGCAAGAGUUUAGGGCUUUACGUCAAGAAGGAUGACGCUGUGGUUACACUGGGCCUCUGACUCUCGCCUUCUUUGUUUUUUUCUUCUCUUCCUCUUCUGGUGGAAGUAGUUUGGGCAGUGCUCAUGAUGAGCCCUUCAGAUCAUUGGUGCAGCAAUUGUUCAGUCUUCACUGUGCUUGUAGAGCCGUCAGUUGAAAGAACCAAUCUGUAGCCCAUUUGGAUACUUUCCUGCUGCAGUGCUAGAAGUCUGAGGCCAUUCGGUUCACGUAGGGACAAGAAACACCGCGUGUCCAAAGUACCAGUCUUAGGUACCUUCUGCCCUAGAUAUACCCCGCCUUUGCGUGGCCCAUGUGAUUCUUGAAAUGAGUUUGGAAGUGUCGGUUUCCAAAUUUCACAUACAUGUUGUCUGUUAGUGCGGCCCUAAUGUGUUGCUGUUGUGAGGCUGACAGUGUCAGUGGUUGCACCACAACAGGCGCCGGACCACCUGUGGCUUUUUUUUUCACAGUUGCUGCGCAGAAUCGGUGAGACGGAGAGUGCGACUCUGGACACUUGCUGCAUUUGAGGUUGCAUUGCCAUGCGGCUUUCUUUUUGAGACCGCACCGUUCACGCUCCAUGAACGGACUCCAGUAUGGACUUCGACAGAACUCGUCCCACCAGUUUGAGUAGGGAAGAGGAGGAGGACCCACGUUGUUUGCAUCGCUGGACGAUAGUGUGCACGUUUGUGUUAUAUAAGAAUGACUCCAUGCUGUGUGUUGUGGCUUGUCGUGCGAUGGUGAAAUCACACUCCCGUAACCGCGGGGGUUCUUGUUGCUGGAUCAGCGUGAGAAAGGCAGCUUUUUCGGAUGUGCACAUGGACUCUGUUGUUUAGGAGGUUGCUGUUACCCCUUUUUUACUUUUUUUUUACCAUCUAGAUUUGUUAUGCUGCUGAGUUAGUUACUUGAGCGAGAGAGAGAGAGAAACCUGAAUGAAACAAUUUCAGUGGAAUGUAGUGUUGCAUUGCUGAGAUGCGAGUGUUGUUUAUUAAACAGAGCGCUGAUUGUCCCUGCACGCAGUUGGAGAAAGAAAACGCACAACUAUGGGAGAGCUUGUUUCCUGUUCUCUUUUUUCCCCCCUAUUUGUGCAUAUUCUGUCCCCUUCCCUCGUUUUUGAGUUUAGUAAUAUAUGAGACCUGUUUGACAAAGUAGUGUUCCUUUUCGUUGGGUGAAAGUCAUCCAAACUGUGUCGCGCAAUGCUGUUUGUAAGCUUCUGACGUCAGACCGAGUAAUUUAUCACAGCUCCAGCAUUUGGAGUGCGUAUCAAGUGAAAAAAAAUCACCAAGGUGAAUGUUGCACCUAACUCUCUAUGUUUACGGUACCUCCCUAAAAAUUUUAUAUCAAAUUUUUUUACUGUUAGAGGUGGCCCUGAGCUUAGAUUAAUGAUUGAAGUGAACCCGUUAUUUAAGCUGCAGUAUUUUUUAAAUAAGUGCUUGCACAUGAUGAAACAGUGCACAUGGAAAUCAUUAAAGAGAUCUUAUUGUUAAGCUAUGUUACUCGCUCAAAGCAAAUGAGAGCAGUAUUUGCUUGUUUGAGAAUUCUAAAAAUCCACACCUACCCCUACGUGCCUGCAUGCAAUCACUAAGGCAAAUCUGAUAUGUCAAUCUUUCUGAAAUACUCUCUGGCCAGAGGAACUUGUCCUGCUGAAGACAGGCAUUGAGUUCACUUGGGCUACUUGUUUACGGCACAGUUUUAAAUAGUGUGCAAGAGGUGCCUCAUGUGACUGAGAGCCGGUACAGCUGUUUUAUUGCAAAUGCACCUUUUAUGCCACUCCCUACACGAACACCACAUGAACACCGUGGAAAACAUUUAUGGUUUACCGGUUAAUUUGAUCAGGGAAGGGGAGUCUGUGGAAUGGUUACAGUUAUGUUUGUGUACCGUUAGUUCCUUAUCAGGCAUGCUCCUUUCGCUCUUGAUGUUUGCCCUGAUGCAUACAUUUGUGAAGCACAGUAUAGUCUACUGUUAAAGGGCACACCCACUUGUUAUUUGGCUACCAAUUAAAACUGAAUUAUAACAUGAAGGCAUUGAUACUGUUUUUUAAUUCAUAGAUGUUAGCCUUAACAUGUCCUAGCAGCCAUAUUUUUGCUCCCGACGUAGAUAUGUAUAGGUUAUGUUGGCUUUAUUACCGGCUAGGUGUUCACUUUUAGAGUGUACCGUCCUGUACGUGCAGCACUCCUUGCAGAUGUUCUGCUUGUUUGGUGGUGGUGUUUUUUUUUGAAGAACACUAAAUGUUGUGUCACCCACAGGGACAGGUAAGCUAAUAUUGUGUCUUGGCUUACUCGUGCUCCAAUUCUGUUCUAAGGUGGCAUUCAAUGUAAGGUGGCAUUCAGUAUCAGGUUUAGCAAGCAAUUGCCGUCCGCUGUCCCAGACUAAAGCAACUUGAUUCUACAACCCACCGCCACCACACCAAUACUUGCCUGUUCUUACAUGAAUGAAUUGUACAUCUCCUCUGCGGCAACAUCGUAUUAAUAAAGUUCACUUUCUCAUUGAAAGUAAUUGGUGUACAGUCAAAUCUCGUUUUAACAAACAAAAGAAGGCUAUAACAAAUAAUCAGAUAUAACAAAGUAAAUCUAAAACAUUUCUCACUGAUAAGAGCAUGUAAUGCAUAUAUGCUCAUUACAAAUAUUUGAUGUAACGAAGGUAUUCCUGUGUCGGAUGUGGCUUUGUUGUUGCGAGAUUCGGCUGUAAAACCUGCAGCUUGCACAAUCUGAAUUGCAGCAUUUAAUGCCGAAUCAGGGUCUCUCCUGUGUUGUGAGUAAUGUCCGUACACUGCAUAACUGUAAUUGUACACAUGUACCCCUGGCGUAAUGCAGGCUUACGUACGUGGGAUGUAAGCUCAUGGGUAUUGUCUCUUGUACGCACAUGUAAAAGCGGACUCUUGUCAAUAGCAGCAUGUUGGAGUUUACUACUGCUAGGCGUGCUUUGUCAUAAGCAUUCCCCUCUACAAGAAAUCUACAGAAGAAAAAAAAGGUGCUGUUGAUGAAAGCACGUUAAGAAAUCAAAAUGUUUUGUAAAUAUGUAUGUGUGUCUGUAAAUGUGUAUGUGUGCAUGAAUGUUAGUUGUUGCUGGAGAUGUGUUAUAGAGAGUUUUAUAACAUGUGGCUUAAGAGACAUCUACGGAAGAAAGAAAUUUAAGCAUUUUUCUUUUUUUGGCCAAGCCUGUUGAAAAACAUUUUUCACCAAAGAAACACGUGUGCUUACAAAAUAUGAAUCAUGCCACGCUGUUAACAGCGAAAGAAAUUGUUUCUUUGUUCUUAGCUUCUGCUGAUAGAAUGCUUCUUUUAGGCAUGUUUUUCAUAGUAGUAUUUAACCAACGCGCUUACCAUACAACAUUGCAUCAUUGCAUCUGUCCUAUAGGUGCAGACUUGGAAUUCGACGUGAAGUUUUUACGCAUUUUUUGCCUUUUUAUGAAUAAGCAUUUCCUUCAUUGUCACGUCAGGUAGGACAAGUAUUCUGCUUUGUGGCUAGCAAAAAUUCUUUGUACAGCAGCUGGGACGUGAAAAGUACUUGCAUUUGGCUAAGCGUUCAGUACUGGCUACUACGUAGCAGUGUACGAGCAGCUUGCGAGACGUUGUCAGAGAAGCAGCUUUAACACUAUAAAAACCCAGCGCUUUUCCAAUUCGGAAUGCCCGAUCUUGCUGCCCGCUUAAUGCACGCGUCACAGCAUCUUGGUUUGUAACGUUUUUUUCCCUUCAUUUAUCUUUGCGAUCAUUAAGAUGCACAUUAUUUGCAUAGUAUACGUCUACGAUCACAGUAAACUUGAUUGUGAUGCCGAGUUAGUUGUACACCUGUCCUCGAUGGGACCUUAUUUUUGUAAAAAAGAAAACAUGCAAUGAAAAUGUGGAAUAGUAUAUUUGAUUGUUUAAAGUCACAUAAAUAAAUAAGGUAGUUUUCUAAACAAAUGAGAAAAUUGCUGGUACAAGCUUCGACGUGUAACAGGGAAUGUUCGAAACAGAAUUCACACAGUGUUCGACAUUCUAGGGAAGGGCAGUUGGUGAAAGCAUAGCAAAAGCAUAGUCACAUUGUUUAUUCAGGUGAUGAGUGUCGUGGUGCUUUGUUUAUACAUGCUGUUUCUAUUGAAACACUGACGGGGUGUAUAUGACAAUUAGCAUUGAGACGUGUUUAGUAGUUUUUGAUGAGGUUUUCUGAGCAAGUCGUUUUCAACAUGUUGGUUAUUGUUGUUUCUUUUCACCCUUGUAGGACUGGCCUAAAUGCCAAAUACCCUAAAUUCAUAGCGCGAAAUUGUGAAAUGGACCGUUUGUUGUCAGAAUUGUGAACACAAAAUAAAACACCUUACUGACUCUUA